GGAAGGUCCCCGGAAAGCGAAGCGCGAAAGAAAGCCCAGCCUCCCGGGGCGUGGCUUAGCGUCGCCGAGGAGAGUAAACACCGGGUCACGCGCUCGGAGCGCGCCCCUCCGGGCCCCGCCCCCUCCCGUUCUCGGCUCCCAUUGGCCCGGCCGGGGGGCGGAGCCCCGGGACCGUCCCGGCCAUUACCCGGGUCCGGCCGCCGUCGGGUCGCUGCUGGGAAGAUGAGGCUCGGGACGGCGGCGCUCGGGGCCCUGCCGCCGCUGCUGCUGCUGCUGCUGCUGCUGCUGCUGCCGCCGCCGGCCUGGCCGGACGCCCCGCAGGCGCGCGCGCUGCCGCCGCGGGAGGAGGUGGCGCGCGUGGCCCGGUUCAUAGUUCACGAGUGCGACUGGGGCGCGGUGGCCACCCUGUCCACGCUGCCGGCCGUGGGCGGGCGCCCCUUCGCCAACAUCUUCUCCCUGAGUGACGGGCCGGCGGGCGGGAGCAGCGGCGUGCCCUACUUCUACCUCAGCCCGCUGCAGACGUCGGUGGGGGACCUGCAGGCGAAUCCAAAUGCCGGUUUGACAUUGUCUUUGGCACAGACUGGUUUUUGCAAGAAACAUGAAUUUGAUCCUCAGAGUCCUCUUUGUGCUCACAUAAUGCUUUCAGGAACAGUCACUAAGGUGGUGAAUGAUACAGAAAUAGCCUUUGCAAAAAAGUCAUUAUUCACUCGUCACCCUGAAAUGAAAUCAUGGCCUUCAGAUCAUAACUGGUUCUUUGCCAAAUUCAACAUAACCAACAUCUGGGUCAUAGAUUUCUUUGGUGGAGCCAAAACAGUGACACCUGAAGAAUAUUUUAAAGCCAAACCUUAGUGAAGAAGAAUAUGGUCAAUUACAUAAUUCUAUCAAGAAACUUGAGUUACUUUGUUUGGGAUACAUAGAGAAACUGCGUAAAAUUUUCUGUGCAUAGUUUUGUUUUUAAAAAAUCACCUUAUUUUUAUAUGCUUAAUAUUCAAAUCAAAAGCUUGCUCUGAAAAAUUUAGAUUUAAUAUUUUUAUGACAUUUUGAAUUUUGUUUUUCUUUUUAAAGAAAUAAUGUCAUUAGGAAUUCUGAAAAAAAAAUUAAAAAAAAAACAAAAAAAAAUAAAAAAAAGGAAUUCUGGUUCUACUGAGUAUUAAUGUAGUAUGCUCAGAAACAAAAGUUGCAAAUUUAAAAUGGGUCUUUGAGAUUGGAAGCUUUUUCAGCUCUUGUUUAUUCCUGGAAAUUUCUUUGCUCACUAAACUUACUAGUCACUACUUAUGAGGCCUUUAAUAGUUUUAUCUGAACAGGAUGAAAAGUGAAAAAUUUGCCCAUAUACCGAAUGUGCCUGAAUCUUGACAGACAGACUUUUUUUUUAAACCAAAUGAAGCUUCAGACAACUAAUCAGCUUAUGUAUGGUGAUUUUGGGGUUCUUGCUAUUCAUACAGGAACAAAGCUAGAUUGUGAAGAAAUUGUUGUGACAAUAUGUGGAAUCAAGUAGGCAGAUGAAUUUGUCCCUAAGUUUGAUUUUACCCAUUUUACCUAAAUAGCUUUCUUCUUACGAUUCCCUUCCUCCCUUAAAAAAAAAAAAAAAAAAAAGUGUUGGAAUUUGUGAGUAAAUA